CAGCAUGAUGCACAUUUUAUUAAGGAAUUAUCCACUUUAUCUUUGCCUUCUAAUAAUUUUCAUGAAUGAAAAGGUACUACACAUGAAGAUUUAUUUCUUUCUCUUAUAUUUCAAAGUUGGGUAUUACAUCAUCUCCUCUCGCAAAACACUGAAACCAUCCUCAACCCUCCCAUUUUUACAUAAUCCAUCCAGCAAUUCCUCAACAACCUCUGGCGCCAACCCAAACCCCUUCCUUUUCAUGUCUGCAUGCACAAGCAUUGCUGCCUCAGCAUCCCGUGCCAUACAAUGCCCUCUGACCAACCAUUCGAACGUCGUGGCACUUGAAUCAAUCGCACCCAUCAACAUAUUUUUAAACAUAUCCUCUGCCACCCCUACCUCCCCAGAUUGGCAAUACCCACUAAUCAUUGUGUUGUACGCAGUUAUAUCAGGUUAGACCCCUUCCUGAAUCAUCUCAUCCCAUAGUGUCCAUGCCUUCUCCACAUGACUGCCAUUGCAGUACCAGACAUCCUGAUGCUAUAGGUGCACACGUUGUGCUUGCAGGAAUAUUUGUCCAUUUCCUAGAGCACAAUCUUGAAUUCAUCACACUUGCCAUCAUGGUGGAAAGCAAGGAGGAGGGAAUUGAAGGUGUGAACAGUUGGCAGGAGGAGGUGAUUGCUCCGUGGACUUGAAUGCGUGUAGAUUUGAUGAUACAUGUCGAGGGCCACGGUGGCGGAAGGGAGUGAACAAAGAAGAGCCGCCGCAGUGGUGGGGAGCGGUCGUGCGCCGGCAACGAGGAUGCGGCGGGUGACGGAGGUCGAAGAUGAAUGGGGCAGAGCCAAAACAUCGGUAGGUGGUAGCGAGGGCAUUGAAGAUCUGGGCCAGUGAGCAGUGGCGGAAGGCAGAGGAGGAUGGCACUAAACUACUCAAAACGCGGAUGAAGCCUGAUUAGCACUAAACUACUCAAAACGCGUCGAGAACCCAUACCCGUCGCACUUCCGAGCGAAAGACGACGCGUCACUCCCGCUAACACUGGAGGCAAAAUUCUAGGGCGGACAAAUUCCUCACCUUCUCGUCCAUGGCGUGGCACUUGGACUGCACGUAGGCAUCGGGGUCAAAGUUGUCAGCCUUGAAUAUCUUGAGCUUGUCCACGAGCUACACCCCACUAUCGCUGCCUCCCGCGCCGGCCACAACGUUCACCGGGAACACUCUGAAGUGGCCGGUGGGCCGUGACCUCGACGACUUGGCAGACGCCAUUGGACCGGGAGAAACCCUACCCACAGGCGUAGAGCGCUGGCGUGCUCCCCUCCCCGCCCCCGUUCGGGAGGUGCAGAAGCUUCUCCAAGUGGAUUUCUCGCUUUGGUUGGGCGGCGACUCUUGGAGGCUGAAUCCGCCUCCAGGUGGCCAUGGAGGCGAGCAGGGAGGGUGGGCCAUGGGAGCGGCGGCGGUGUGGGGAGGAGAGUCAGGGGGGAGGUUGGACGGCGGCGUGGGAAGGCCGGAGCCAUUGCCGACGACGACGCGGAUGAAGCUUGAUGGAGGAUCUGUCGAGGAAGAGGGGAGCGGAGAGAGGAGCAGUUGCGAU